GACAAAGACGAUAUUUGAGGAUUGUGUGCGGAAGUAAUAUCUCGAAAUCCCUGUGUCAGCAAAAAAAUUGUGAAUUGUUGAUUGUUAAAUAUCAUACUUUUCAUAAAGUAUUUCUCACAGAUUAUGUGUGGGAAUGCUAAGCUUUCUCUCCGCGCGAGAAAACGGGACUCAUCGGCCGAGUGCUUUGUCAAGAGCUGAAGCGACUCGGAGGAUCUUCAGUUUGGAACUGAGUAAAGACAGAGAUGUGCAACGAAUUCACGAUAGUGGAGUCAACACACUGGAUAUCGACCCAGUUGAGGGAAGAUACUUAUUAUCUGGUGGAACUGAGGGUGUGAUUGUUAUAUGCGAUUUAGAAUGUAGACCACAGGAAAAUUACACCUGUCCAUCAGUCUGCACUAUUGGACGAUCUUCUCGUCAUGUUCACAAAUACAGUGUAGACACAGUGCAAUGGUAUUCACAUGACACUGGUCUAUUCACUUCAAGCUCCAUGGAUAAAACUUUAAAAGUGUGGGAUACCAAUGCGUUGAAACCAGCUGAUGUGUUCCGGUUUGAAACCAUAGUUUAUGAUCAUAAUAUGUCAUCCGUGGCAACAAAACAUUGUCUUAUAGCAGUUGGUACCAUCCAUUCUCAGGUUGUUCUUUGUGAUCUCAAAUCAGGAUCGUCAACUCAUGUUCUUCGGGGACAUAAAGCGUCUGUACUCUCAGUAAAAUGGUCACCAAGAGAUGAAUUCUUGCUAGCAAGUGGAAGUCGAGACAGUAAAAUAAUGCUAUGGGACGUACGGAGAGCUAAGAGCUGCUUGUCAAUUCUGGACCAACAUAAUGGAGAAAAAGGAAAAGGAUCAACAGAAGCAGUGAACACAGCUCAUAAUGGUCAUGUGAAUGGACUUUCCUUCACAAGUGAUGGCCUGUAUCUAGUAAGUUUUGGCACAGAUGACCGGCUGAGACUUUGGGAUACGAUGUCUGGGAAAAACACACUGGUAAACUAUGGGAAAGUUGACAAUGUCAGUCGUAAAGGUUCAAAGUUCACAGUAUCUUACGGAGGGUCACCUGACGUGGCGUUUGUGCCUAUGGGCAGUAACAUUGCUGUAUUUGAUAUCUACACUGGAGAGUACGUUGCUACUCUAAUCGGCCACUAUAAUAACGUCAAUUGCUGUACAUUCCAUCCUUUAUACCAGGAGCUGUACAGUGCUGGUAAUGAUAGCAAUAUAUUAAUAUGGGAACCAGAACUGGGACAAAAAACAGAUGUGGCUGAGAAGAAAGACAAUAAGCAAUCAAGUUCAACCGUUGGAAAUGCAGUUCAAGAUACAUGGAGUGAUGAAGACUAGACAGACUGUUUGAUUGAACACAGCUCAAUAAACUACAUUAAGUUAUAUUUAUAUACAUACAGAUAUUUUAUAAGUACAUGGUUUUCAAAUUGUAUCUUGAAAACAAAAUGUACAAAACUUGCUGCAUGUACACUAUUGGAACAAUACAGAGAUAUUUUUCGACUAUAUUAUGCAAUCAUAAGC